AUGAAAUACGAACAGUCGACAACAUCGUCCAGUACGUCUGAUUUUCGUGAAAUUACCGAUGCUUCAUCUUUUGAUGAUACAAAUACUAAUGAGUAUAGUGGAUUAUAUGAUUCAGACAACAGCAUAGUAGGAUCUCAAAAUCAUUUAGAUAAUGAUGUCUCUUCGAUUUCAGAAGGUUCACAAACAAUAAAGUUAUCAUCGGAAUUUUUCAAACUUUAUGCAGCGUACGGUCCACAUCUCUGUUAUGGGCCACUUAAUGACGAUACUGUGCAUGCAUUAUUCCAUAAUAAUUCUAGACCUUUAAUUCUAUUACUACAUAAUGACAAAAGUGUUGCUGCCAAUAUUUUUCGUAAUAAUGUCCUGCGUUCUGAAGUUAUAGUUGAUUAUUUGAUGGAAAACUUUAUUGUAUGGGCAUGGGAUCGGACGUAUAAGCUUAAUCAUGAAAAUGUUCAGUAA